UGCUGGCUGGCUUGGACGCGUUGGGUUCUGUUGGCAGAGAUUCCCCCCCGGGCGUUCAGUAUAUAUUGAGCUCCGCGUGCCACCACAAACACACUGGUGCAAGCAGGUUUACUCUUGCCGAUACGUUCACUAUGGCUACAGACCACCAGAUCCCUGCAUCCAAGCAGCAGCAGCCGGGAAGCAGCGCAUUUAAGCUCAUCAUCUAUGAGCAGGAAAACUUCCAGGGACGCUGCCAUGAGCUGACUGGGCCCUGUAACGACCUCCAGGAAGCAGGCGUGGAGAAAGUGUGCUCCAUACUGGUGCUGUGCGGACCAUGGGUGGGAUACGAGCAGGCCAGCUGUAAGGGGGAGCAGUAUGUGUUUGAGAAGGGGGAGUAUCCUCGCUGGGAUUCCUGGACCAACAGCAGGCGCAGCGACACCAUUGUUGCCUUCCGCCCAAUUAAAGUGGACAGCCAGGAGCACAAGAUUGUCCUUUAUGAAAACGCCAGCUUUGCAGGGAAGAAGAUAGAAAUCAUAGAUGAUGAUGUUCCCAGCUUCCAUGCUCAUGGCUACCAGGAGAAGGUGUCCUCCGUUCGGGUCCAGAGCGGCACCUGGGUAGGCUAUCAGUAUCCAGGCUACAGAGGCUUUCAGUACCUGUUUGAAAAGGGGGAAUAUAAAGACACCACCGAGUUCGGAGCCCAGAUUCCCCAGAUCCAGUCAGUUCGGCGCAUCAGAGACAUGCAGUGGCAUCAGAGGGGUGCUUUUCACCCCGUCAACUAAGCUUGUGACUGUUCAUCAAUUCUGACUUUGAAAUCCUUGACUCCAUCGAGCAGCAACAUCUUUGAAUCCCAGCUAAAUCCUUCAGCCUUUAUUGUCUACUGUUGUAGCAGGGGCAUUCUUUAAAGCAAACUAAUAAAUCCGCAUUGCUUUGACACUUCCCUUGGUGAUGUGU